AUGUCAUUUACAAUCCGAGGGUUAGGUUACUUGGAACUUCCAGAGAGAGCUCUGGAAACAUUCUGUUGGGUGAAGAAACAACCCAAUCUUUUCCCAGAUGAUCAUAUUCUUAUUUCUACCAUUAAAUUUCUAGUGGGAUCAAAUGAGUUAAAAGUGUUGUUUGGUUUGGAUAAGUUUACUGGCUUGGUUAGUCGGAAUGUGUAUGAAGCAAUAUUAAGGGGUUAUAUUAAAGGAGGAAGCCUGAAGGUUGCUUUGAAGCUUCUUUCAAUGGCUAUGGAAUAUAACAGAGUGCUUGAUACCGGGGUGUAUGCUAAGCUAAAACCAGGCAACUCCUCAGAACAAUUGUAUCCAGAUAAUGAGAUUAGUGGAAGUCCAAUUGGUUUACUGAACAAGACUGAUUACUUGGUUGGAUUUUAUGCUUCUGGGAAUAAAUUGAAGUUCGAUUUAGAAAAAUUAAGAAUUGUUCAGACAAUGAAGAAUAUAGAUUUGCUUAGGAAUGUCGUUUAUAGGAAAGUUCCAAAGGCAAUGUCUAGACUAAACAAGUUGAAUUUGAGUAGUAAUCAUUUGUGUGGUCAACUUCCACCAAUAAAGUUUGGGGCAAAUUCAUUUGUUGGAAAUGAUUGUCUCUAUGGUUCACCAUUGCCACCCUGCAAAGCUUAG